AUGUGAUUGCAGAGGGUCUUCUAAAUCAUGUGGUUUUUGUUUUUAACAUAUUGCGGGUAUUGUGUUUAUCUUAGUUUCUUCCUAUUCAAAGGCGCAUCUUGUAGUGUAAUUAGAGAGAACUUGAAACCAAAUAUUUUUUUUCUUAGGAGUGUAUGGAUUAGUAUUUAUAAUCUUAAACUUCAUUUAUAAGAUAACAAGCAAAUAUAAUGAUGCAAAAUAAUACCUUGCAGGACGUGCAAUUUACCAUUGGUGGAUCCAGUAAGAUGUCUGUUGCAUUAUGGUAUCCAGUAGAUGGUCAGCCAUGGCAUGGUUCUGGGCACUAUUCUGUUAACUGUGACUGGGUUCCCAUUGACAUAUCUGUUGGCAGUUCUUUGACUGGCAAGGCAUUAAAUGCAGCAGCAUCAAGUAGCUCGUGGAAUGUUGCAAGUGCCUUUUCUGUUGUACUAUCAGUAGCAGCACUUUGUGUUUCUGUGUUUGUGAGCUAUCGGGUGUUCAACCCCAAGAGUGUCCACUUUACACCCAUGGAGAACCUUUAAAUAUUGAACCAACAGCUUAAGUUUGGGAUUGUACUAUUCAUUACGCUUGUACUAGAUAGGUUUGUACUGUUUAGUGGUUUCUCUUUGCUCUAAUUUUUUUAUUGUAAUUGAAGCAUUACUUUAGUUAUUUUAAGCGGUGUCAGAAAAGAAAUAAUUCAUUAUCAGCAUUAUGGAAUUCCAUCCUCUUCGGCUUA